AAACCCCAUUUUGGUCAAAAAAACCACACACACCUGUACUUUCCACCAACCAAUCACAAACCCAUGUACACUUCCUUAAUAUCAUCGCCGCAACUCAACAAUAAAAACAAGUCACACACAGUCACACAAACAUAAAUCCCCCUCCACCAAUCAACCAAACUCAACAAUAAUAAAAUAAAAAUACCAAACUCCUCCACAUUCAACUCAUUCAUUUUUUAAUCUAUAAAAUUAAAUAAAUGGUCAAAUCCUAAACCCAUUCCUUUUCAUUCCCUUUCAAUCUCAAUUCAAUUUCAUUUCAAUUUUCCAAUCUCAUCAUGGCUUCACUCUCAACCAUUUACUCAUCAUCACCAACACUCAACUAUCAAAAUCACCAAAACGCAUCAUCCCCUAACCCAAUACGACGUCGUUCGAAUCUCCCAUUCUACCAAACCCGCCCUAACAAACUAACCCAAACCCGCUCCGUCGCGCGUGAACUUCCAACCGACCUAACUGCCGUUUCAAAAACAAGCCACCAUCUCGAAAAGGAGCCACGCGCUUUAUGGCGGCGCUACGUCGACUGGCUAUACCAACACAAAGAAAUCGGACUCUACCUCGAUGUGAGUCGGGUCGGGUUUACCGAUGAGUUUGUUGAAGAAAUGGAGCCGAGGUUACAGGAUGCGUUGAAGGCGAUGGAGAUGCUUGAGAAAGGUGCGAUUGCGAAUCCUGAUGAAGGUCGUAUGGUUGGACAUUAUUGGCUUAGGGAUUCGAAUCGUGCUCCUAAUCCGUUUCUUAAGACGCAGAUUGAUACGACGCUUGAUGCUAUUUGUGGAUUUGCUAAUGAUGUCGUCUCUGGUAAGAUUAAGCCUCCAUCAUCUCCGGAGGGGCGGUUUACUCAGAUACUUUCUGUUGGGAUUGGAGGUUCUGCACUUGGACCACAGUUUGUUGCGGAAGCACUUGCUCCUGAUAAUCCUCCACUCAAGAUAAGAUUUAUUGACAACACAGAUCCUGCUGGCAUUGAUCAUCAGAUUGCACAACUCGGUUCUGAGCUAGCUUCAACACUAGUAAUUGUGAUUUCAAAGAGCGGAGGUACCCCUGAGACUAGAAAUGGCUUGUUAGAAGUACAGAAGGCCUUUCGCGAAGCAGGAUUGGAUUUCCCAAAACAGGGUGUUGCUAUAACACAAGAAAAUUCUUUGUUGGAUAAUACUGCCAGAAUUGAGGGAUGGUUGGCUAGGUUUCCCAUGUUUGACUGGGUGGGAGGUAGAACAUCGGAGAUGUCUGCAGUCGGCCUGCUUCCAGCAGCUCUGCAGAGCAUUGACAUUAGAGAAAUGCUAGCUGGUGCAUCACUGAUGGAUGAGGCCAAUAGGAGUACUGUGAUAAAGAAUAAUCCUGCAGCUUUACUGGCUUUAUGUUGGUAUUGGGCUACAGAUGGUGUAGGAUCCAAGGAUAUGGUUAUCCUUCCGUAUAAGGACAGCCUGUUAUUAUUUAGUAGAUACUUGCAGCAACUGGUCAUGGAAUCUCUGGGCAAGGAGUAUGACUUGGAUGGUAAUCGGGUUAAUCAAGGAAUUAGUGUCUACGGAAAUAAAGGAAGCACGGAUCAACACGCCUACAUUCAGCAACUGAGAGAAGGUGUACACAAUUUCUUUGCGACAUUCAUUGAGGUGCUACGUGAUAGACCUCCUGGUCAUGAUUGGGAGCUUGAACCAGGUGUUACAUGUGGUGACUACCUGUUCGGUAUGCUACAGGGAACAAGGUCAGCUUUGUAUUCUAAUGACCGUGAAUCCAUCACAGUCACAGUACAAGAAGUGACACCUAGAUCAGUUGGUGCCCUUGUUGCACUGUAUGAACGUGCAGUUGGAAUAUAUGCCUCACUUGUCAACAUAAAUGCUUAUCACCAGCCUGGUGUCGAAGCUGGUAAGAAAGCAGCAGGAGAAGUAUUGGCACUUCAGAAGCGGGUGUUGGCAGUGUUAAACGAGGCAAGCUGCAAGGAUCCUGUUGAACCAUUGACAAUUGAAGAAGUAGCUGAACGUUGCCAUGCUCCAGAAGAUAUUGAAGUAAUUUACAAGAUUAUUGCUCAUAUGGCUGCCAACGACAGAGCAAUACUUGCUGAAGGUAGCUGUGGUUCUCCAAGGAGCAUCAAAGUUUUUCUCGGAGAGUGUAAUGUUGAUGAUCUGUAUGCAUGAGUUAGACCAAUGAAAUCCACAUUUCUUAAUGUUAUAGAUGUGUUCAAAGAAAGGAAGCAGCUUCGAAUAAAUUAUUUUGGUUCUUGGAUCUCUUCAUCUUCAAUGAAAAUGAUUAUUUAUUUUGUAGACUGACUUUUGAAAGAGUGGUUGGUUGAGUUUGGUUAUCUGAAAAGGGAAUCAUAUUAAUAAAUUUGAAUACCAUAUAAACCAAAUGGAGAACAAGAGAGGUCACAUAAUGGAAUAAGCUGGCCAGUUUUUGUGGUAUGUUUGCUAUAUUCUCAAAAGCAAAUUUGGGAUAUGUAAAAUUGAGUCUGUGCAUAAAUUUAUUUGUCAUUGUUAGUUGGCCAAAUUAAGUUUCUUCUCAAAAGUACAUUGGUUAUUAAAAAUGAAAAAUAAAAUCAAGGCUUCCUUUUAUGAUGAA